CCUUGAGCGUUCAUUUUCAUUCAUAUUAUUUCACUUACAACUUUGAUUGAGUUAUGGAUCCUGAUUCUCCGGUGAGAAUUACGGUAUCUUCCUCUGGCGGGCUUCGUAACGUCCCGUUAUCAAGUCCGGUGAGACGGUCAUCCAUUUCCAAUUCCCCGCUUAGCGGGGGAGAACUCCGGCGACGUUCAGCUGUUGGCAGCAGUGGUGUUGAAUACGUCGCCUACACCGUCCAAAUCCCUCCCACACCCGACCACCCGUUGGUGUCCGAUUCCCAAACCAGCCCCGAAUGUCGUCGAAAACCCCACGGAAACCCUAACGAGAAUCGAAUAAAAGACACGGUAUUCACCGGAGGGUUUAACUCAGAAACCCGAGCUCACGCGAAAAGAAUGAAAUCAGUCGAAGAAAUGGUGGUCCCUAAAUCAAAACUGCUCUGUCAAGUCGACGGAUGCGACGAGAAACUACUCAACAAAUCAUCGAAGCCGCAUUGCGAAUGCGGGUUUAAAAUAUGUGACGAUUGUUACGUGGAGUACUGUUCGAAUGGAACCGGGGUCUGUCCAGGGUGUAAAGAGCCGUUUCAUGAAAGUUUUGAAGAAGAAGAUGAUGAUGAUGUUGGGUUAAUGAAACCGAUGAUGUCUGAGGAAAAGGAUACGGUGAACCCGUUGUUACGGCGGGGUGGGGUAAGGUUGGAGAAUAAUUUCUCGUUGGUGCGGUCGUUUAAGGCACCACCGAACCAGGAGUUUGAUCAUAACCGGUGGUUGUUUGAGACGAAUGGGACUUAUGGAUUCGGGAAUGCUGUGUGGCCCAGAGAAGGGAGUUAUGAGUAUGAGAACCCCCGGCCCAUGUUUAAUGACCGGAUGAAUAGACCCUUGACUAGAAAACUUGGGGUUUCUGCUGCUAUUAUUAGUCCUUACAGGUUACUGAUCGUAAUCCGGCUAGCAGCACUAGCUCUAUUCCUAACAUGGCGCAUUUCACACCCCAACCACGACGCAGUCUGGCUAUGGCUCAUGUCCGUAAUCUGCGAAGUAUGGUUCGCAUUCUCCUGGCUCCUAGACCAGCUUCCCAAGCUCUGUCCAGUCACCCGAACCACUGAUCUCUCCGUCCUAAAGGAACGCUUCGAACCCACCCAAAACAACCCCAAAAACCUCUCCGAUCUCCCCGGAAUCGACAUAUUCGUUUCCACAGCCGACGCUGAAAAAGAACCACCACUUGUCACAGCCAACACCAUUCUCUCCAUCCUGGCUGUUGAUUAUCCGGUCGAUAAGAUCGCCUGUUACCUAUCUGAUGACGGCGGCUCGUUAGUCACGUUUGAAGCUCUUGCUGAAGUUGCUAGCUUCGCUAGAACUUGGGUCCCGUUUUGUCGGAAACAUGAAAUUGAACCGCGAAACCCCGAAUCGUACUUUUCGCAGAAAGGCGACCCGUUGAAGAACAAACGACGGGUCGAUUUCGUGCGAGAAAGGCGAAAGGUGAAACGUGAGUAUGAUGAGUUUAAGGUUAGGAUCAAUGCAUUGCCUGAGACUAUUAGAAGAAGAUCUGAUGCGUGCAAUGCACGUGAGGAGCUAUUAGCCAAAAAAAAACAAUUGGAGAUUGGUGGACCAAUGAAAGUUCCGAAAGGCACGUGGAUGUCGGAUGGGAACACAUGGCAUGGGACAUGGUUUUCCAAUGAGGAAGAUCACUCGAGGGGAGACCACGCUGGGAUCAUUCAGCUUAUGUUAGCACCACCGGGCCCCGAAUGCGCCUACAAAACCGAGGAAGAUCCCGAGGAUUUGAUCGAUACUCGAAAUGUGGAUACGCGGCUGCCAAUGCUGGUUUAUGUGUCGCGUGAAAAGCGGCCCGGGUUUGAUCAUAACAAGAAGGCAGGGGCCAUGAAUGCGUUGGUUCGAGCUAGUGCGAUUAUGUCGAAUGGUUCGUUUAUACUCAACUUGGAUUGUGAUCAUUAUAUUCACAACUCGUUGGCACUAAGAGAGGGGAUGUGUUUCAUGCUUGACCGCGGUGGUGACAGGAUUUGUUAUGUUCAGUUUCCGCAGCGGUUUGAAGGGAUUGACCCAAGUGAUCGGUAUGCGAAUCAUAACACGGUGUUUUUUGAUGUGAGUAUGCGGGCGCUUGAUGGGUUGCAAGGUCCGAUGUAUGUUGGGACCGGGUGUAUUUUUAGGCGGAUCGCGCUUUACGGGUUUAGCCCGCCUCGGGCCACUGAGCACCACGGGUGGUUUGGUGGGAAGAAGAUCAAGUUUUCGUUGAAAAGAAUGAAAAAGUCCAAAGGUGAAGAUGAUACUGAAAUGAUCUUGCCAAUUGUAGAUGAUCAGAACAACAAUGAAGAAGGGGAUGAUGAACUCAAACAAGCUUUGAUUCCGGAACGGUUUGGUGAUUCGACCUAUUUGAUUGACUCCAUUGCUGUGGCGGAGUUUGGAGGGCGGUUGAUUCAUGAGUUACGAGGAAAAGAUAGCCAUGGAAGGCCAUCGGGCUCUCUAGCGGUUCAACGUGAGCCUAUCGACCGCGCUGCUAUCGAAGAAGCGAUAAAAGUCGUCACAUGUUUCUAUGAGGAUAAAACAGAAUGGGGUAAACGGGUCGGAUGGAUCUACGGAUCGAUAACUGAAGAUGUUGUGACGGGUUAUCGGAUGCAUAACCGAGGGUGGAGAUCGGUGUACUGUGUAACAAAAAGGGAUGCUUUUCGUGGUACGGCCCCGAUUAACUUGACGGAUCGGUUGAUUCAAGUUCUCCGGUGGGCUACCGGGUCAGUUGAGAUCUUUUUCUCAAGAAACAAUGCUCUUUUCGCUAGCCGGAGGAUGAAAUUUCUACAGCGAAUCGCAUAUUUCAACGUUGGAAUGUACCCGUUUACCUCGAUCUUCUUACUAGCCUACUGUGUUCUCCCAGCACUUUCUCUAUUUUCGGGCAAGUUCAUCGUCCAGUCACUAAACGUAACAUUCCUCAUCCUGCUUCUAGCCAUCACGGUUACGCUAAGCAUGCUCGCCCUUCUUGAAAUCCGAUGGUCGAAAAUCACACUCCACGAUUGGUGGAGAAACGAGCAGUUUUGGUUAAUCGGUGGCACAAGUGCACAUCCGGUGGCGGUCAUUCAAGGUCUGUUAAAAGUUAUAGCUGGAAUCGACAUCUCAUUCACAUUAACAUCAAAACCAGCAGCAGCAGACGACGGUGAAGAUGAGUUUGCUGAGUUGUACGAGUUCCGGUUCACAAUGCUGAUGAUUCCUCCGGUUACGAUAAUCUUGAUGAACGUUGCAGCGAUCGCAGUGGGCGUUUUUAGGACCGUGUACAGCCCGUUCCCAGAGUGGAGCAAGCUUCUAGGAGGGGUGUUCUUUAGCUUCUGGGUGCUGUCACAUCUUUAUCCAUUCGCAAAGGGGCUAAUGGGACGAAGAGGGAAAAUAUCAACGAUCGUGUACUUAUGGUCGAUGUUGAUUUGCAUCGUCGUGUCGCUCAUUUUCCUCUAUGUUCAUCCGCCCGACGGUAGCCGGAGGCAGAGUUUUAUGAUGAGGUCUCAGUUUCCUUGAAGCCAAUUGACACUUUGGCUGUCUCGUAACUGUAAACUGUUGGUUCAUUUUGUUUGUAUACAUAUAUUGCAAUGUGUGGCUUUAAACUAUAUAAGCAGCAAGUUAGUUCUA